UGCAUCAUCUUCUUGAAGUACGAAACCGACAUUUCUUCCUGUAGCACCGCGACCGCAAGUUCCCGAAAAACCCUUCUGGCAUCUUCUACUGUUUGUCGGAGCUAUUCUCCAGUCCAAUUCCUUCACACUUUCAACAUCUUCCGGCAGUUUCCGCUCUGGGUUCUUCAAUGAGUAAUUCUAAUGGCAAAAACGAAGCAGCCGAAUUGGAGGUGAGACCCGGUGGCAUGUUCGUCCAGCGGAGAGACCAUCGCGAUGGACAAGAUGGUGAUCACGAUAUUCAUGAUGCCGGCGCUUGUUCCGGUCAGCCCCUGAUCAAAAUCAACGUCGCUCAUGGGCCUCACCAGCACGAGGUCUACGUCCCCGCACAUUCUACGUUCGCGGAAUUGAAGGAAGAAAUUGCACAAAAGACUGGCUUGAAACCUGAGGAGCAAAAGCUCUUGUUUAGAGGAAAAGAAAAGGAGGACAAAGAGCACUUACAUACUGCUGGUGUGAAAGAUAAGGGGAAGAUUUUGGUUUUGGAGGACCCGUCAUGGAAAGAGACAAAGGUUUUGGAGGAUCCAUCAAGCAAAGAGAAUAAGGUUGAGGAGAUGAAAGUAAGUGAAGAAAUGUCAAAGGCUUUUGCUGCGGUUGCUGGAGUCAGAACAGAGAUUGAUAAGCUCUCAGAAAGGGUUGCUGCAUUAGAAGUGGCAGUGAACAGUGGGACUAAGCUUGCAGAUGAGGAAUUUGACAUGUCAGCUGAGUUGCUUAUGAGACAGUUGCUGAAAUUGGAUGGCAUUGAGGCUGAAGGAGAGGCAAGGUUGCAGCGGAAGGCUGAGGUAUGUCGUGUCCAAAACUUCCAUGAAGCACUGGACAAUCUCAAGGCAAGAAAUUCCAACCCAUUUAACAACAGUAGCAAAACUGUUUCAGUGACAACUGAAUGGGAGACAUUUGACUCUGGAGUUGGAAGCUUGACUCCACCUCCGCCUACAUCGUCUUCAACAAAAGUGACCCAGGAUUGGGAACAGUUCGAUUAGUUCACCAUUUGCUCUAUUACUUGGUGGAUAGAACUCAUAUGUAGAAUGUAUAAGUACCAUGCAGGGCACCUUUUUUCGUUUUGAUGGUUUUUUGUGCCCCAUUUUUUGCCCAAAGGUUGUUUUGCUGACAUUACUAGAAAGAGCAUAAUUGUUUGGUUAUAAAAUAACCAGAAUUUUAAUACUUGGAAUUUAUCAAUAUUGAAGGUAUCAUAUGGUUUCAAAGUCAGCCUGGUCGUUGCAGAUAUCUGAAUUUGCCCCUUACAUAAAUGCUUGCUUUCAGUACAUCUCUGUCUGUGCAGUUCAACUUGGAUUUUCCCCCUUGUCCUUUGUUCAGCUAGGACAUGAUUUCAGCAUUUUGAUCAAGCUCUUCAUAGAAUUUGAAGAGGUAUGAACAAUUUGAUGACUAGGAGAAUGAUGGAUGUAAUGCCUAAAUGCCAACUUCCUGUUGACAGGCAAUAUAAGGGCACAGAGAUUCGGAUAAGCAAAAAACUUGCCAUGGUUCCAAGGACAGCACAGGUAUGCAAUACACUGGCCAUCUAGGC